GAAAGUAAUGUAGCCAUUGAGCCAGGAGCGGGCUAAUCUUCAUCUCUUGGUUUAUCAACUAUCAACUAUGAACCAACGUUCAUCACAUAUCCUCCCUCCUUUAAUAAUACUCUAUCAUUUCCCUUUUUAACGGUUUUUAACUGCCACAAGAACCAUGGCUACGCCGACCCUGCUUCAUACUACCACCGCUUAUGUCUUGUCUCUGCGACCCAAAUCUCCUUUCUCCACUCCCUUUCUCUCCACCAACCUAGGCCAGAGGCAGAGCUUCUUGUCGCACAGAUCUUUGCUUCUCCCCCAGAAAUGGAGACAGCACAUGUUUCUUUCAACAAGGCCCCUCCUAAAAGAUGGGAAUCUCAGAAUUAAUGGGAAGGAAGCCUUGAAAGAUGUCCCUGCAAACAUUGUCGUCACGCCAUUGACGGAUACCUCAGCAUUUGUUGGUGCCACUUCCUCAGACAGCAGCUCCCGACAUGUAUUCAAGCUUGGAGUCAUUAAGGAUGUCAAGUUACUCUGUCUGUUUAGAUUUAAACUUUGGUGGAUGAUACCACGGGUGGGGAGUUCAGGAAGUGACAUCCCUGUUGAAACUCAGAUGCUACUCUUGGAGGCAAAAGAAGGACCAACUUCUGAUGAUGCAUCUGAUCAUUCUACUUAUAUCAUAUUCUUGCCUGUUCUGGAUGGCAAAUUUAGAAGCAGUUUGCAGGGCAACACAUCAGAUGAACUUGAGUUUUGUGUUGAAAGUGGUGACCCUGCUAUAGUUACAUCACAAUCCCUGAACGCGAUUUUUGUGAACUAUGGAAACCAUCCAUUUGAUUUGGUGAAGGAUUCUAUGAUGAUUCUAGAGAAGCAGUUUGGAACCUUUGCCCACCGUGAGACCAAACAGAUGCCUGGAAUGCUAGAUUGGUUUGGUUGGUGCACCUGGGAUGCAUUCUACCAAGAAGUUAAUCCCCAAGGAAUUAAAGAUGGCCUAAUGAGUUUAUCCCAGGGAGGGACACCUGCACGGUUUUUGAUUAUAGAUGAUGGGUGGCAAGACACAGUUAACGACUUUCAAAAAGAAGGGGAGCCAAUUGUUGAAGGGUCACAGUUUGGUGGCAGAUUGGCCAGCAUUAAAGAAAAUAAAAAGUUUCGAAGAAUAUCAAAUGAAGCUAAAAGCAAGGCACCCCGUGAUCUUAAAGAAUUUGUAUCAGAUAUUAAGAAGACUUUUGGCCUUAAGUAUGUCUAUGUUUGGCAUGCCCUGCUCGGGUAUUGGGGUGGCCUUGCUCCAAAUACGCUGGGAACCAAAAUGUACAAUCCAAAAUUAAGGUACCCUGUACAAUCACCAGAAAAUAUGGGGGAUAUAUCACUGGAUUCUAUGGAGAAGUAUGGUAUCGGUGUGAUUGAUCCUGAUAAAAUAUCUCAGUUUUAUGAUGAUCUACAUAGAUACCUUGUUUCACAGAAUGUGGAUGGGGUUAAAGUUGAUGUUCAGAACAUAUUAGAAACCAUCUCUGCAGGUUUAGGUGGUCGUGUCUCACUUACAAGACAGUUUCAACAAGCACUUGAAAGGUCCAUAGCUGCCAACUUCGAAGACAACAGCAUAAUUUGUUGCAUGUGUCAGAGCACCGACUCCAUUUACCAUUCAAAACAAAGUGCUAUUUCACGAGCCUCUGAUGACUACUAUCCCAAAAACCCAACAACACAGACGCUGCAUGUAGCUGCUGUGGCUUUCAACAGCAUUUUUCUGGGUGAAGUAUUUGUUCCCGAUUGGGACAUGUUCUAUAGUCUUCAUGAUGCAGCAGAGUUUCACGCUGUUGCUAGAGCUGUGGGAGGUUGCGGAGUUUAUGUCAGUGAUAAGCCUGGACAGCAUGAUUUCACGAUACUUGAGAGGCUUGUACUUUCUGAUGGAUCAGUACUAAGAGCUAAAUACCCAGGAAGACCAUCUCGAGAUUGUUUAUUCACUGAUCCGGUGAUGGAUGGGAAGAGCCUUCUCAAGAUCUGGAAUUUGAACGAAUGUAGUGGAGUAAUUGGCAUCUUCAAUUGCCAAGGAGCGGGAAGCUGGCCUUACACGAAAAAGAAUGCAGUCAAGAUGGCUGCCGGUUCUGAGCAAGUUGGACAGGUCUCUCCUGCUGAUAUUGAGUAUUUUGAGGAGGUAUCAGGGAAGCAAUGGACUGGAGACUGCGCAGUGUAUUCCUUCAACGCAGGUUGUGUUUCUCGAAUGCCGAUGGAAGGCUCAUUCAACGUUGCAUUAAAAGUUUUGGAGUGUGAUGUGUUUACCGUAUCUCCUAUCAAGGUGUACAAUGAAGCAAUCGAGUUUGCAGCGAUUGGACUACUGAGCAUGUACAAUUCUGGGGGCGCCCUGGAGUGUGUUGAGAGCUCGGCUGAUCCCUCCACUUCCAGCUCCAGUUGUAAAAUACAUGUUAAAGGGAGAGGAUCAGGUUGCUUCGGUGCAUACUCUAACACAAAGCCCAAGUCUUGCUCCAUCAACUUGAAAGAUGAGGUAUUCAACUUCAGUGGCGAAGACAAUCUUCUUACCAUAAGCAUUCCUGCCACAACCAAUGCUUGGGACGUGGCCAUUUCUUACUGAUUCUUCUUCUUCUUCUUCUUCUGUUUUUUGGAAUCGACCAAGUUAGUUUUAUUAGUAAUCUACCAAGUUAUAAGUAAUUUUGGUGACAUCGUGAACAACGACUAUUUCCAUAUUACCAAAUAGAGGUGGCCGAGCUCAUCCAUCUGACGGUGGGAGGGUUGGUAUCUGUUUUUGAAUAAAAUAA